UGAGUCGGUAAUGUCAACAUUUAUGUUAUCUCGAUUUCUUUUCGCUUGCGUUUCCGCUUUGUGACGGUCUCUCGUUAAAAAUGACUUGUAAAAGGCGUAAUGGAGGACGUGCUAAACACGGAAGGGGGCACGUAAAACCUGUGCGUUGUACCAAUUGUGCCCGAUGCGUACCUAAAGAUAAAGCGAUUAAGAAGUUUGUUAUUCGUAAUAUCGUUGAAGCCGCUGCUGUUAGGGAUAUUACUGAAGCUUCGGUUUAUGGAUCUUAUGUUUUGCCGAAAUUGUACGCGAAACUUCAUUAUUGUGUCUCUUGCGCUAUCCACAGCAAAGUUGUAAGAAAUAGGAGCAAGGAAGAGAGGAAAAAGAGAACUCCUCCACAACGUAACUUCGCAGGAAGGGAUAACGCCAGGGCUCAGCAAGCUCAGCGUAAAUGAGUUUUAAGAUGUUAAUAAGGAAAUAAAUGAUUUAAAAAUAA